GAAUAGAUAUGUUGGAUAUUUUGCACAAGUGAAACAUAGCUACAACUGGAAUCUCCCUCCAAGAAAAACACUGUUUAUAAAAAGAUUCGUUAUUUAUUCGAUUCAUGGUGUUGGAACAGGCGAUGGAUAUGAUCUAAAAGUCCAAAUAGUAAUGAAGAAAAAGAUUGUCUUUUCCUGUACUUCCUUAAACAAUUGUCGGGUAUUUCAUGACACUGAAACAGACAGGGUAAUAAUUGAUGUGUUCAACUGUCCACCUCUGUAUGAUGAUGUGAAAGUGCAAGUUUCCUCUUCGGAUUUUCCUAAAUACUAUCACAACUACCCUUUUUUCUUCUGGUUUAACACAUCUUUAAUACAAAAUAACAGGCUUUAUCUACAAAGAAAUGAAUUGGAUAAUCUUCAUAAACAAAAAACAUGGAAAAUUUAUCCACCAGAAUAUGCAGUAGAGACAUAUUUUGAUGAGAAAUGACUUAAGUUAUGUUGUAACUGGUAGCUGAUUAAGUAUAGUUCCCUGCACCCCUUCUGGGAAAGAAUUAUGUUCUUUCUAACCCUGCCACAUAGUUAUAUGUUCUAAAUCUUCCUUGCUGGUACAUCUAUAUUGAUAUAUGUAUACACAUGUUCUUUAUAAAUCUAUUAAAUAUAUACAGAUAAAA